UUUUUUUUUGCCCCCUUGAGUUUUACGUUGGCUUAGCAAACUACUUGAAAUGUAAAAAUGUUCGAGCUGAAACUGAAAAAGAAAACUUGCAAGAACUUUGAAGGCUCACGUAAUUAUGCGCAUUGCACCGCUAGUUCAGGCCCUCGUCAUCUAUGUCCAACUAAUGUCUACCCUAGCCAACCCAGGUUAUUCACGACAGCACAAACGCAUGAGCAUGUGCAUGGAUCAAAAGGAAGACGAUUCGUGUGGCCUUGAAGUAAAAGGCGGCAAUUCGAAGCAAACCGCCUCGAACAUUGCCCAAAAGGCUGCCCUGGAGGCCAAACAUGCUUCGGAUACUCAGCAGGCGGCUGCUGAGGCAGCUGGCCGCCAGGUCAAAGUUCAAUUAGCUGAUAAGGCAAUUGCCGCGGCCAAAGCAGCGGAGGCAGCACUCGCCGGUAAGCAACAACUUCUCGAACAACUCACAGAAGAAGUGCGUGAAGCAGAGAAUGUAUUCCAAGAGGAGAGCUCCUCCAUGAAUGGCUCACAGUGUAAUCUCGAUUCAGCCGCCAAUGCUGCCAAACAGGCUCAAAUGUUGCUGCAGGCUCUGCAAAAUGCGAUUAAAAUUGCCCAACAGAAUCUCAGCAAUGCCGAAGCGGCUGCCAAUGGUGCCCAACAGGAGAUGCAAGAGAAGGCUCAGCUUGUGGAGGCAGCACGCAAUCGAAUUGAGUUGUUGCUAAGGCAAUUAAAUGCGGCCAAGGUGGAUUAUGACAAUACCAAGAGAGCGGCUUACAAGGCGGCCUGUGCCGCAUCUGAGGCCAGGCAAAAAGCAACCAGAGAUCGACGUGCCGAUGUACGGCCAGGAAGAGGGCGGCAGUAGCAAGAAAAAUAUAUUUUCUAACUGUUUUUUGUUUAAAUUUUUUCACUUGAAAACUUAACUUGUCCAUAGCAUUGGGCUUGCUUUAAUUCAAUUUCCUUCACUUCAAUUGAUCACUUCAUCCACUUUACGAAAGGGUCUAACAAAUUCUGAUAAAAAACCGUAGUUUCCUGAAAUAUUUGCCUCUUGAAUUGUCACUUCCUUGGGAUAACGUCAAAUGAAGGUCUAAGAACUUCAGCAGCACCCAAGGCGAUGGCCAAUAAAAAAAAAAUGGAACAAACACAA